UGGGCCAGCUCCCAGAGAGUCCAAAUUUUUCUGCUGCUUCCUUAAAGAACACUCAUUGCCUACCAGUGUGCAUUAUUCCCAUUUCUGCUCAAGACUAAUGAAAUUGGGAUUUUAGAGUGCUGCUCAGUAUGGCAGCACCCAUAACCUGCCUUGGGCUAUUGAGAACAAAGAGUUGGCAUCACUGAAUCUCUGGUCUGUUGCCUUCUGUAAGCUAGGAAAUGUCUCCCUAAGCCUUGGUAGCCGUGAUCCUGAGGUUCCAACUUGUGUUUUAAACAGGGAGUUUCCUAUUGCAUUUUCUAAAGAGUCAUGGGGUUUCUUUAUGUCUUUGUAGGAGAUGGAAAGCCAGAAGGGUGAAGGCCCAUCAGUCAAGAUGCCGGUGAAGAAGAGCAGCGAUUCCUCGAAGAAGCCCCAGGCCACAUUGCCUUCUAGUAAACGGGUGAAGUCUACCUCUGAGGGACGCCUCCUCCACCGUGCAAAAGCCCAGGUCACGUUACCUCCAUCUGUGGAAGAAACGGAGCCGCUCCAGAAGCUUUACGAUCUCCUGGAAGCCAAGGGGUUUCAGACACGGCUGGAAGGACUGGCAUUCCUUCUCGAGCUGUGCCAAACUCGCCCCCAGCUCAUCUCCACUAACAUUGUCCAAAUUUUUGAUUAUGUUGUCCUGAGAAUAUCUGACAGCCACAAGAGAGUGAAGCAGAAAGCGCUGGACGUGCUGGCAGAAAUCAUUGGCAUCCUGGAAAAUGCCUUGAGCCCGGUGAUCAUCCAUUUGGUUGAAGGAAUUACAAACAACUUGAAUUCGAAGGAUCCCGGGGUUCAUUCUGCAGCUGUGAAAGCUCUGGAAGAAUCCAUUUCUCAUUUAGAUAAAGUAUCACUGAUGAAAGAGUUUGGCCACAGAUGGAGUCAACUGAGUGGCCAAGCUCUGCUGGAUGUCACUGAGCGUAUCACAGUGCUUGUGGAAUGGGUUUAUCCCAGGAGCCCUGAAGUCGUCCAGCGCUACGCCCUGCCCGUGCUCUGGUCCUUCCUGGGGAACAAGGCGCUGCCCGUGCGAAGCGCCAAUGUCCGCACUGUGGUCACCAAGCUUGCCUCUGCCCUCUACAAGGUGAUGGGCACCAAGCUGAGGAAGUGUGCUGCCAGCCAGCCUCCACAUGUGCGGGAUAACCUCUCCAGCAUCUUGGGCUGGUGAGGGACUGAUGCUCUCCAGGAAGCUGACGAAGAGCUGACUCCAACACCUCUGGAUGUGACAUUUUUGCUGUGCCAACAACGAUGAAGUACUGAGGAAGGGUUUGCAUCCCCCCCCGCUCCCUCCACUGCCCUUCCUAGUCAAGGCAUGGGGGGCCUGAAGCAACUCCAGAUUGAGAACGAGAUGAAGGCUGAGCAGGGCUCAGCCUCACACACAGACCUGACAGGCUCCUCUCUUACGAAGUUUUCUCUGCAUACUUCAUGUGUGCUCUUACCUACAAAGUCCUCGCCUCCCGUCCAGAAGAGCCCUCUUUCUUCGGAGCUCAGGAAGAACCUUCUGCCUCUCCGAAGAUUGAUUGAAGAAUAGGUUUAAUAGCAUAGGCUUUAGAGUUAGGGAUGUAGGAUAUAGUAUAGGGAUAGUAGUGUAGUAUAGGGAUAUAGUAUAGUAGGG